CAGCGUCUAGCUAGCUUGAACUAGCACGAGCAGCAGUGUAGUUUCUCAAUCUGAGCUGCGCUUUAGCCCGCUGAGCCGCAUCAUGUUCAGAGCCGCCCUUCGACUUUCAGUCUCCGGUGCUCGGGGUUUAGCAAGGUCACGGUCACCGUUUACAGCCUCAGUAGCUGCUCGCUCUUAUUCCCAUGGCAAACAGGAGACAGAUGAAGAGUUUGAUGCCCGUUGGGUCACUUACUUCAAUAAACCAGAUAUUGAUGCUUGGGAGCUGAGGAAAGGAAUGAACACUUUGAUCGGUUAUGACUUGGUACCUGAACCAAAGAUCCUGGACGCAGCUCUGAGAGCUUGUCGGAGGUUAGACGAUUUGGCCAGUGCCAUCCGCAUCCUUGAGGCAGUCAAGGACAAAGCUGGUCCACAUAAAGAGAUCUACCCCUACGUUAUCCAAGAGCUUCGGCCUACCCUCAAUGAGCUCGGUAUCUCUACACCUGAGGAACUUGGUAUUGACAAAAUAUAAGUGUCUGCUGUCAUGAGUCUUCCAAGGGACUGCUGCUCUUGUCUGGACUGAGUAGACCGCUGUACUUGAAGUCUUUACCUUGUGUCAUGGUGUUUGUGUUAUAUUUAAUUGGCCUUUAUUAUGUUCUUUUGCUUGUAAAAUAUUGAUGGACCUAAUAAAGGGAAAUAUAUCUUUACUGAA